AGGUGGUGUGGUGGAGCGGCUUGGUAUUCUUUCAGCCCUCGGAUACACAGUUGAACGCGGUCCGCAGCCUUCGACGGUCGCUCGUCCGUCCAUCGCGAUUUUCCUCGUCGUUGUCAUUCACCGCGGAUUUUCGCGAUUCUAAUCGCCGACCCGCACCUGCCAUACAUGUUUAUUCUAGUCCAACCGCAUCGAUCACAUGCACGUUAUUCCGAUUGUUAAUCCGAAGUAAUAAAAAGUAAGCAGCUUGCAAACUACGUGACUCUACUGUUCAUUCGUAGUGGACUCUUUAUUUUGUUCCAAUGCCAUUGGAAACAGAGAGUUGAUCGAUCUGCUCGUGCGAGUUUUUCGACACGGAUUUGAGAAGUGAUGCUUCUGUGAAACGCAAGACAGUUGAAAUUUUUAUUACGAAGAACGGUGAAAUGCUGAAAAUAUAUCAUUCACGAGAAAAGAUAAAAGUCAUCGACUGUGAUUGAGAAGAAUACGAUUCUCAUCAAAGAUGAGAAAUCAGGUGACGCUAGCAUGAUCGACAUCGGUGCGAUUAGAAUCCUAACGCUUUUCCUGGUCCUCGGUAAUCUCGAGGCAGUCACAGUUGUGAACCAUCAUUCCGAUGAUGAAUAUGUCCUCGAACACGAAAUCCUUCGCAAGGACGCGCUCGCUGAAGCGAAAAAACUGGAGAUAUAUCCUGGAUCCAUUCCGGGAUGUAAGACUUGCACCUACUCCGAGCUGACUUACUGCAAAAAUGGCAGUGUUAUCAACGAUCAUUGUUGCUGCGACGGCAGCUUCAACGUGUUGCUCUUCGUCGAGCACACUUGUCACAUGGGACCAGAGGAAUGCAAGGUGCACGCUGGAGACUGCGCGGAAUACACGAGAUUGCGAGAAUGCUGCUGCCACUCGUACUUGGCCUCCGUCUGGAAAUACUUGGCGAGUGGUGUAGAAUCGCGGGCCAGUAUGGACUUCACGAAGUUGGUGAUAAUCCUAACGAUUCUCAGGUUACCUCUGUUGUUGGCCUAAAGCUCACAGUACCAAAAAUUGUGUAUACUAUUAAUUAUUUUAAUAAAUUGUUUUUACGUCGACCGAAAAAAAUUGGCAAUUCUUCGUAAUUUCCUAGAUAGUACAAAGAGUUCAGAAAGAAUUCAGGCUUAUAUCAUCAAUUCAGAAUUCAUUUUCAGAUGAAAGAAGAAAAUUAUUACAAAUUUUUUUUGCAUUUUAAAAUAAACUCUGAAUCGAAGACACAAGUGUGAAUUCUUUUUUAAUUGUCUCUGAAUCUGUUUGCCAUCUGAGUUGAUAAGAAUAAUUUCGAUUCCAGACUUGAAUUAAGAAAGUAAAUAAGAUAAAAUUCCAUCAUUAUAAAUAUGUAAAGCGAACAAAAUUAGAAAGCAAGUAAAGUGACAUCAUCAAUUUUUAAAUAUAAUUUUCCAAAACACAUUAUUUAUAGAACAAAUACCGAUUGUGAUGUAAUGAAUUGUGUACAAAUAAAGUUUGUAAAUAUAUUUUGCGCAAA